GGGUUUGUGUGACUGUGAAAACAUCCAGCAGGAUCGAAGAGUUUAACUGGACAGAAACAUGACGGUGGAGACGAGAGUCAGCGACACGAGGGGAGCGGACAGCAGCAGCAGACAGGAGGGCCCCGGAGGACUGUGGGACUCUGUGAAGAAAGCUGCGUUUGUCAUCGGAUCGGGAAUCUUAUUCUUGGCCGCAUUUGGCAACUCACUGACAUGGCAUCUUCAGAGAUUCUGGGGAGCUUCAGGAGAUUUCUGGCAGAACUUGUGGACCAAGCUGUACUUGGCAUUUGAGGGUCACGAUGCUGCUUUGUUCUACUUAGGGACCAUGUUAAUCCCCACCGUGGCCUUCUGGGCUUCCAAUGGUCUGCUGCUAUUGGUGGACAUCACUGGUAAACCCUCCUUCAUCACUCGCUACCGCAUCCAGGUGGACAAGAAUAACCCGGUGGAUCCAGCUAAGCUUCGCCAUGCAGUGAGGACUGUCAUCUUCAACCAGGUGUUCAUCUCCGGGCCCAUGGUGGUGGUGUGUUACCACCUGACGUCCUGGAGGGGGGACCCCUGUGGCCCUGAGCUGCCCACCUUCCACUGGGCCCUGACAGAGCUGGCCAUCUUUUCCAUCUUAGAGGAAGUUAUGUUUUACUACUCACACAGGCUGUUCCACCAGCCCGGCCUCUACAAGCAUUUCCACAAACAGCACCACGAGUGGACCGCUCCCAUCGGAGUUGUCUCCAUCUACGCUCAUCCUCUGGAGCAUGUGAUCUCCAACACGCUGCCAGUGGUGAUCGGACCCGUGAUCCUGGGCUCCCACCUGUCCACCACCACCCUCUGGUACUGUCUGGCUCUGGUCAGCACCACAAUCUCCCACUGUGGAUACCACCUCCCCUUCCUGCCCUCCCCAGAGUUCCAUGACUUCCACCACCUCAGGUUCAACCAGUGUUUUGGGGUCUUCGGUGUGCUGGACAGGCUCCACGGCACCGACACCAAAUUCAGGCAGACCAAGCAGUAUGAACGCCACACCCUGCUCACCAGCUUCACCCCACUGAUGGAGAGCAUCCCUGACUCACCCAAGAAGGGCCAGUGAUGACCUGUGACCCUUGACCUCUAACCUCAGGCACAGGCCUGGCCAUGUUUGGGAAUACCACCAUGAUACAUGGAGACAAAAUUCCCAAUCAACUUUAAAAUGACAAUUACAUUUUGAUUAUUUCAAUCCAGAAUAGCUGUUGAUCAGUUUCAGACUGUGAACAUCUGCUCAGACUCUGUGAUCAUCAGCUUCAUUAGUACUUAACCAGAUGUCCGUUAAUCUUCGCAUUUGCUUCAUAAAUUCAUGAGGACCAAAAUAUACAAUACCUUUGUUUAGCACUCAGUUUCCUGCUCAGGUAGAUUUAAUAAUUUGGUGGUUGAUGUGAGUGAAGACAAAUAAUUUCACCUCACUUACGUCUUUACUCUUUCCAUCCUCUCUGGUUAAAGGUUAAAGGAAACUCUGCAGUCUGAAUAAACCACUCCAGUUGGUGUGAAGCACCUGAGAUGUGGGUGUGAGAGAAGUCCAUUAUGCUGCGUUCACAGCUUCCAACAUUCCUGAAUAAUGACAGAGUUACAGUGAAUCAGUCUCAGUGUACAA